UUUCUCUUUCUUCCUGUCCGGCUGGAAAGAUGGCGUCGCGCAAGGAAGGCGCUGGCCCCGCCACCACCUCCUCCAGCUCCUCCGCGGGCGCGGGAGGGAAGGGCAAAGGCAAGGGGGGCUCCGGGGACUCGGCCGUGAAGCAAGUGCAGAUCGACGGCCUGGUCGUAUUAAAGAUAAUAAAACAUUAUCAAGAAGAAGGACAAGGAACUGAGGUGGUUCAAGGAGUGCUUUUGGGCCUGGUUGUGGAAGAUCGUCUUGAAAUUACCAACUGCUUUCCUUUCCCCCAGCAUACGGAAGAAGAUGCGGACUUUGAUGAAGUUCAGUAUCAGAUGGAAAUGAUGCGGAGCCUUCGCCAUGUGAACAUUGACCAUCUCCAUGUAGGCUGGUAUCAGUCCACGUACUAUGGCUCCUUCGUCACCCGGGCGCUCCUGGAUUCUCAGUUCAGUUACCAGCAUGCCAUUGAAGAAUCUGUCGUUCUCAUUUACGAUCCCAUAAAAACUGCCCAAGGAUCUCUCUCAUUGAAGGCAUACAGACUGACUCCUAAACUGAUGGAAGUUUGUAAAGAGAAGGAUUUUUCUCCUGAAGCAUUGAAAAAGGCAAGUAUCACCUUUGAGUACAUGUUUGAAGAAGUGCCGAUUGUAAUUAAAAAUUCACAUCUGAUCAACGUCCUAAUGUGGGAGCUUGAGAAGAAGUCAGCCGUAGCAGAUAAACAUGAAUUGCUCAGUCUUGCUAGCAGCAAUCAUUUGGGGAAGAAUCUACAGUUGCUGAUGGACAGAGUAGAUGAUAUGAGCCAAGAUAUAGUUAAAUAUAACACAUACAUGAGGAACACGAGUAAACAGCAGCAGCAGAAACAUCAGUAUCAGCAGCGUCGCCAACAGGAGAACAUGCAGCGCCAGAGUCGUGGUGAACCCCCACUCCCUGAGGAGGAUCUUUCCAAACUCUUUAAACCACCCCAACCCCCUGCCAGGAUGGAUUCUCUGCUCAUUGCAGGCCAAAUUAACACUUACUGCCAGAACAUCAAGGAAUUCACUGCCCAAAACUUAGGCAAACUCUUCAUGGCCCAGGCUCUUCAAGAAUACAACAACUAAGAAAAGGAAGUUUCCAGAAAAGGAGUUGACAUGGACUCUUGUAUUCACACUGGGGCAACUUUUGGAAGAAAUAUAUUUGCAUAUUGAAAAGUCUUUCUAGCCAGUAAUAAAAUUAAAAUUGAAUAGUCUACUGUUUGAUCAUUUCAUUUCAGACAUAUCAUGUCUACUGUAUUGCUUUUGUUCUGCGUAUCCCCGUUUAUUUCCAAGAGACAAAACAAGCUUCAUCAGGCUCAUGCUUACAGGGUCCAUCACCUUUGCUGCCUCUGAGGUGCCACAUUUUUACCAUACAGUCCAGGGCUGCUUGUUUCCUUUCAUGACCCAGAGCCCUGGCACCUUCUAUUAAUUCUUAUGCUUCAUCGCUCCCAAAUGAGCACCCCUCAAAGCCCAGGCUUCACGUUUGUGCAGGGAAUCUUGUCCCUCGCCCCAGAAUGGCUUGGCAUACUUUCCAUAGGUCCACCUUUUCAUUUCUUCAGGUGAUCGUUGAGCAGUCCCCCUUCUCAUAGACCAUUGGGCACAGGAAUUAAAAAAGAACUCAUUUUGUGUGAAAAAUGAUAUUUAUUCCUUGUAUGUUUUUGUGUUUAGAUCUUCAUGUUUUUAUUUUUCAUACCAUGAUAUAUAAUUGUAAUCGCAAGUUUUAUGAAUGCGAAAGUAGAAUUGGGGGACAGUUUUUAUAUCAGAGAUAAAGCUAUUUUAAUAUUUUGUAUUUGAAUGCUUAUCAAAGAUCCUGCUGUGUAUAUAACGCCAGAAUCAGUGAGAUCUACCACCCUGGUGAAGGUGUGCCUUGAGACUCAUAUGGUCAUAUUCACUUUGAAGGCAUGACCCAUUGGAGCAUGAUCAAAGGAAUGGAGAAUUGAGGUUAAAAAAAAAAUGGGGGGGGGCAUUAUUUUGAAAGGACCACUAGGGCUCCACUAUUAGGCAACCGUUUUGAAACCUGGCUCUUUUCCCUUUAGUGUGAUCUUAGACAAGUUGUUUAAACUCACUGUGCCUCACUGUCCUCAUUCAGGUGAGGCAAGGGGACUAGGGUAUUACCGUACUGGGUGAGUGUCAUUGUUAGAGAAAUAUUGGGGAGUGUGUAAAGAGUGGUUGGUUGGAAGCAGGCUCUCAGUAUGUAUUGUGCUGAGGGGCACACAGCUAUCUACACAGGAUAUUGGGUUGCCAGUAAGACUUUACACUUAAAAGACUCAGGGCCUUGAGCAUUCUAGAAUCCAAGUACUUGGCUCACAUGUGUAAUAAUUUCCUAGAGUGAAUUCCUAGAACUGAGUUUAGUGGUCACAGGGUAUAUAAAGUUGUAGGCGUCUUUCCUGUGUUGCUAAAUUGCCUCCAGGAAAGGUGGUAUUGAUUUGUAUUCCCACCGAGGGUGAUUCCUUAUUUGAAGGAACACUUAUUUGAACACUUGAAUAUGACUGUUAAGUAGAGGGGCAUAUAUAGAUGAAUCUAGUUAUGGUCCCUGCUCUUGUGGACUGUAUACUGGCUCAUUAAACAGUAUUUGCCUACAUUUGGAAUUUUACUGUGGGGUUAAAGCAUUCUUGAAGUAUUAAAGAGCAAAAUGAAUAUCAGUUCAAACAAAACCUACUUACUGCUUUCUUCAUGGUUUAAGAUUAACAGAAUUCAAUUAUAUUUUUCAAAGGUGUGAUUCUUAAACUCCAUAUGACUGUUUUGUUAUCCAUAAAUCAGAAUAAUAUGUGAGUACACACUUAAUGGAAGAUUUCAAUAGUUUUUGAGUUAGGAAUUACUGUAGUGGGAAAAACUGUUUAGGAAAAACAUGUCAAUGGAAAUUAAAUCUCCACAGUAUGUAGUGUUAGGGAAUAGCUUCUGUUAGCAUUUGAUUUGAGUGCUAUAUUCUGACAUUUUUCAGGAACAAAUACAUGUGGUUCAUCUUCUAUAAAUAUUUGCAGUUUCUUCAAGUUGAAAUGAGAAAAGCUCAGUACCAGAGUACCAGGUCUAAUAAAUCAUUCACUUACCCAAGAAAAAAAGACAGAAAAGUCUAAUAUGUUAAUUCAGUGGAAAAUUAAAUGUUAUGAACCAAGAAAGUAAAACAUAUUGACCUUAACCCCAUAAUCAUUAAUAACCUUUAUAAUGUUCUAGAAAACAUAACAUUAUGUUAGUUGAAAGUGCCUAAGAAUUUCUUUGUAAUCUGCCCAAAGUACCUUAUUCUUUUAAUAUCAAGGUAAACUAUUUUUCACCAUUUUUAGAAACUUGGAAAUUAAGAUGUACUUAAUCUAAUGUAAGUUAGUGGAGGCUGGUGUGAUUUCUCACAGCCUCUAAAUAUUUAAAUUUUAGUGUCUUCUAAAAUGUUACUAUAUUGUUCAAACUGUUUGUAACAUUCUUUAGAAAACCGCUAUCAACUUCAUUUUCUAACUAUGCUGGAAUUAAACUGUGGAUAUCAAAAUGUGAAAAAUCUUUAAUUUUUGAAAUAACAGGUUUUAGGUAUACAUCAUUAUUGAAAAAAACUUGAUUGUAAGCUCCAUUUUUAUAGUAAACACUUCUCAUUCAAAUUAUGUGAUGCA